AUGGAUUUUUCAAUACUUGUUUCUCCAAAUGCUAUCAUAAUUGGAUUUUGUACCAUACUCCUUAUUUGGUAUUGUUUACCACAAAAGUGGGGAGUUGGAAAGAAAGAGGUCAAAAUAGCACCCGAAGCUGCGGGAGGCUGGCCUAUAUUUGGUCAUCUUCACAUGCUGAAGGGACCGACACCUUCCCACAUAACGUUGGGAGGCAUGGCUGACCGAUACGGACCAGUCUUCACGGUCCGCCUCGGUUCGCACCAGGGUUUGGUAGUGAGCAGUCCCGAGAUGGCCAAGGAGUGUUACACCACAAACGACUUGAAAAUAGCCUCACGUCCGAGUCUCCUAAUCGCCAAGCACAUAGGCUAUGACUAUGCCAUGUGUGUUUUCUCACCUCACGGACCAUUUUGGCGUGAGAUUCGCAAGAUAGCCACAGUGGAGUUGCUUUCCAACCGCCGACUCGAGCUACUUAAACAUAUUCGGCACUUCGAAGUAGCAACCUUUUUGAAAGAGCUACACAAACACUGGACAGCCAAUGCCAAAAGCGAAAACGACGGCGUUUUGGUGGAGAUGAAGCAGUGGGUUUGGGACUUGAUUCUCAAUGUGGUUCUUAGGAUGGUUGCCGGGAAACGAUACUCUUCCUCCGGUAAUAAAAACAAGGAGAAAGAAUCACUGAAGAUACAAAGGGCAAUAGAAGAUUUUUUCAAUCUUUUUGGGGCUAUUGUUCCUGGAGAUGUCAUUCCAUAUCUCAAGUGGUUGGAUUUGGGAGGCUAUGAAAAGUCCAUCAAGAAAACAGCAAAGGAACUUGACCAAAUAUUUUCGGAAUGGCUGGAAGAGCAUAAGCAGAAGAGAAAUGUAGUACUAAAGGGUGGUAAAGAUCAGAACAAAGACGACCAAGAUUUCAUGGAUGUGAUGCUUUUGUUGCUUCAUGGCACAGAUCUCGGGGGCUAUGAUGCUGAUACAAUCAACAAGGCCACAUGUUUGAAUUUGAUCGCAGGUGGUAGCGACACUACUACAGGAACAGUAGUAUGGGCAAUAUCGCUGCUCCUAAACAACCGACAUGUGUUGAAAAAGGUACAAGAAGAAAUUGACAGCCACGUAGGCAAGAAUAGAGUUGUGAACGAGUCUGAUAUCUCCAACCUCCCAUACAUGCAAGCCAUAGUGAAAGAAACGCUGCGUUUAUACCCUGUAGCCCCGCUGGCUGGUCCACGCAUCUUCACCGAGGACUGCACUGUAGGUGGUUACCACGUUAGUAAGGGAACUCGUCUGAUCACCAAUCUCUGGAAGAUCCAAACAGACCCAAAGGAUUGGCCUAAGGCGUUAGAAUUCAAGCCCGAGAGAUUUUUGACAACCCACAAAGAUGUGGAGAUGAAAGGUCAGCAUUUUGAGUUCAUCCCAUUUGGCAGCGGUAGAAGAGCUUGCCCUGGUACAACUUUUGCACUUCAAAUGGCUCAUUUUGCAUUGGCUAGUUUUGUCCAUGCCUUCGAUAUCACCACACCCUUAAAUAAUGCUCCAGUUGAUAUGACCGAAAGCACUGGAAUUGUUAAUAUCAAAGUAACUCCACUUGAGUUGCUUAUCACUCCUCGCCUUCCUGCUCAUCUCUAUGGCUGAUACAAAGAGUUUGUGCUCUGUGAGAGUAUAAUUUGUUAGAAUAUUUAUGAGCUUAAAUUAAUGUUUUAAAUUGUUUUAUUAAAAUAUGAGUUGA